GUUCUAUUUGACUGCAAUGUGGCUGGUAAAGCGGUGCGUCUUUCUUUCUGUUUGACCACGUUCCGUGCGAGACGUUUUUAAUACAAAAUGAGCCUUAAUAUCUCGAAAAAACGCAAGUUCGUUGCCGAUGGCAUGUUCAAGGCUGAAUUGAACGAGUUCUUAACUCGUGAACUCGCCGAGGAUGGUUACUCUGGAGUUGAGGUGCGCGUUACCCCCGCCCGCACUGAAAUCAUCAUCAUGGCCACCAAAACACAACAAGUGUUGGGUGAGAAGGGUCGUCGCAUUCGUGAGCUGACCGCUAUGGUACAAAAGCGUUUCAAUUUCGAGCCUGGUCGUAUCGAAUUGUACGCCGAGAAAGUGGCCACUCGUGGUCUGUGCGCUAUUGCACAGGCUGAGUCUUUGCGUUAUAAGUUGACCGGAGGUUUGGCGGUGCGUCGUGCCUGUUACGGUGUAUUGCGUUUCAUUAUGGAAUCCGGUGCCAAGGGCUGUGAAGUCGUUGUAUCCGGCAAAUUGCGCGGUCAACGUGCCAAGUCAAUGAAAUUCGUUGACGGUCUGAUGAUCCACUCUGGUGAUCCAUGCAACGAUUACGUUGAAACAGCUACCCGUCACGUCUUGUUGCGUCAAGGUGUUUUGGGUAUUAAGGUGAAAAUUAUGUUGCCCUACGAUCCCAAGAACAAGAUCGGCCCCAAGAAGCCACUGCCCGACAAUGUGUCGGUUGUGGAGCCAAAAGAGGAGAAGAUUUACGAAACCCCUGAGACAGAAUACAAAAUUCCACCACCCAAGCCAUUGGAGGAAUUGGUGGAAGUACCAAAAGUUUUGUAAAUUUUUAAUUUAAAAAAUAUGCUUUUAUAUAGAAAGUAAAUGUGAAAAAAAUAAAUGAAAAAAA